GGUGCGGCCCCCGGGGCAGGUGCGGGCAGGCGGCGGCCAUGAAGCCGCAGCAGCCGCCGGGCUAGGCUGGGGAGGCGCCCGCCAGGGGCCCGCUCGGGGCCGCCAUGCCCGGCAAGCACCCGCCCUACCCGGAGCCCGAGGUCGGCUGCUGCGGGAAGUACUUCCUGUUCGGCUUCAACGUCGUCUUCUGGGUAGUGGGAGCCUUGUUCCUGGCCAUUGGACUAUGGGCCUGGGGUGAGAAGGGCGUUCUCUCCAACAUCUCAGCGCUGACCGAUCUGGGAGGUCUUGAUCCUGUGUGGCUGUUUGUCGUGGUUGGGGGCGUCAUGUCGGUGCUUGGCUUUGCCGGCUGCAUUGGGGCUCUCCGGGAAAACACCUUCUUGCUCAAAUUUUUCUCCGUGUUCCUUGGCCUCAUCUUCUUCCUGGAACUGGCUACUGGGAUUCUGGCCUUUGUCUUCAAGGACUGGAUUCGAGACCAGCUGAAUCUAUUCAUCAACAACAACCUCAAGGCCUACCGCGACGACAUUGACCUCCAGAACCUCAUCGAUUUUGCUCAGGAAUACUGGUCUUGCUGUGGUGCCCGUGGCCCCAACGAUUGGAACCUCAACAUCUACUUCAACUGCACUGACCUGAACCCCAGCCGAGAGCGCUGUGGGGUGCCCUUCUCCUGCUGCGUCAGAGACCCUGCGGAAGAUGUUCUCAACACCCAGUGUGGCUAUGACAUCCGGCUCAAACUGGAGCUGGAGCAGCAGGGCUCCAUUCACACCAAAGGCUGCGUGGGCCAGUUCGAGAAGUGGCUCCAGGACAACCUCAUCGUGGUGGCAGGUGUCUUUGUGGGCAUUGCGUUGCUCCAGAUCUUUGGCAUCUGCCUGGCCCAGAACCUCGUGAGCGACAUCAAGGCAGUGAAGGCCAGCUGGAUCAAACAGGAGGACGGCUACAAGCUUCUCAAAUAAAACCAAAUCUGGCUUUCGUGAACCACUGGGCAGAGCCAGCGAUCCCGGAGCCCCUGGCUCAGGCCCCAGCCCCGCCUCUCACAUGUCCCACGUGGCCACAACCACAACAGUUCUGUUGGCUGCGUGUCCUGCGACAGGAGCUUCUCUCUUCCGAGGGCCCCCACUCUUCCCGCUCACCCAAGUGCCCUGCCUGACGCCCGCUAGGCUGCAAGUUGGUCCCCUCACUUCCGUAGGGUGUUGCCCUCCCAAAGUGCCAUGUGGCUGCUGCAGACCCAGCCUGGGAAGGAGGGGCUCUACGGACCAAGAGUGAGACCUCAACCUGGGAGCAGGGCUCCACCCUCUCGGCACCAAGUAUGCCCCGGAAAGUGGCUGAGGAGUGGGAUUAAAGUCAGGAAGGGUUUUGGAAAGAGUCGGCUAGAAAUGCGAGGCGUAGUGCUCCUUGCAGUUGGGCAGUGACUGGCUUAUGGGCUUCCAGUACCUGAUUCUGGACUUCCAUUAGGUUCAUUCUAGACCAUCACCUUCGUCAUGAACCACAGAGUUGCCUCGUGGUCACUAGAGGGUGCACCACGCAGCAUUGCUUGGGUCUGGCAGCCUUGCAAGCGUCAGUCGCCGCCGCCUCCAGCUGGGGUAUCCACCCUGCUUCCUAGCGCUUUGGCACCAGGGAAUCCGGAACUGCAGGCCAACAAUAUCCAGGAGUCCCAGACAGGUGCUGGCCAGGGAGUGGUUUAUACUCGCUACAAUAAAACAGAGCUCAUGGUGUGGUA